AUGAAGGUUCGCGGCCUUGUGAAGCAACACAUUGUCAGUUUUGACUACUUUGUGAAUCAGGAGAUUAAGACGAUUAUGCUAGCGAAUCAGAGGAUCACCAGUGAUGCAAAUCCCAAUUUUUAUCUUAAGUAUCUUGAUAUACGAGUUGGUAAACCAUCAAGCGAAGAAGGUCUCAAUCAGAUCCACGACAAGAUUACCCCGCAAGAAUGCCGUUUGAGGGAUAUGACAUAUGCAGCUCCUAUAAAUGUCGAUGUCGAAUAUACUCGUGGUAGUCAGAGAGUCAUAAAGCGAGAUUUGACAAUCGGUCGCCUUCCUAUCAUGCUACGAUCGAGCAAAUGCAUAUUGAAGGAUUUAGCUGAAGAUGAGCUGGCUCGUGUGCAGGAGUGUCCCUACGAUCCGGGAGGUUAUUUCAUUGUCAAAGGAUCGGAGAAAGUUAUACUCAUCCAGGAGCAGCUCUCUAAGAACAGGAUCAUGAUAGGCAGAAAUUCGAACAAGGAUCUUCAGUGUGAAGUUCUUUCAUCAACCGCUGAGAAGAAAAGUAAAACAUACGUCAUUGCUCGAAGAAAUAGAUACUGGUUGCGCCACAACCAACUCACUGAUGAUAUCCCUGUCGCCAUUGUGUUUAAGGCCAUGGGAGUUGAAUCCGAUUACAAUAUCAUCAGUGCAGUUGGUUUGGAGGAG